CCUAUGUUUUAGACAUAAAGUACCUUAAAACGUUUGAGUAAAGGAAAUCCCAACUGUGUCCCGAUUCCCCCCAUUCCUCUGUACAGUGCAUACGACGUGGCAACGAUCGUUAAAUUCGCUGGCUGAAGAAACCCUGAAGAAGAUCGGCUAAAAUUGUUGGGGUUUCUUCUUUUCUUCCUUGGUUAAGCUUCAACGAUUCGCCAGAUCUUCCCUUUCUAGGAAGAAGGGGAUAUAAAAAAGCAGUCAAUACAGGGAGAACCAAAACAUGUCGGCACUCUUCAACUUCAAUUCAUUUCUUACUGUGGUGCUGUUAGGGAUUUGUACCUGCACUUUCUUAAAGAUGCAAUUUCCUGCACUUCUUGAACAGAAAACUGGGUUUCGAGGUUUCUUUUGGAAGGCUGCUAGAAUAGGUGAGCGUUUGAGCCCUUGGGUAGCUGUAGGAUGCUUCACAAUGGGUGUGUCAGUAACCUUUUUCUGAGAAAGAGAUGUUUGUUUAUAUAAAAGUAAACCCAACAGCAUGUUAUCAGAUGGCUUGUGUGAUAAAAGGUUAUUUGUUUACUGUUCUCAUCUUGGAAGCCUCUACUGGUAGUGUUGAGUGAAUUUGUUUACUGGUGACAACUUUAGUACAAAUACAGUUAGUCUGAAUUUGUUUGCUAUGAUUGUAAAAGAUGUUUCUGACUUGCUGAGCAAUUUUUUUAACACAUGUGCCUAAAUUAUUGGUUGUGAAUUCA